AUGGAUAAGCAUAAUUGUUAUGUAUUUAUAAGCAGGAAAAUAAAAUUCUUCAUACAAAUAUUAUUUGUUUUUACAAUUUUUAUAUCCAGUAAUACAUUAUAUAAGUCAUUAUCACCUAAUACAUAUGCUAAUAUUUAUAUAACACAAAAUAGGAUCCUUACAGAAUCAUACACUAAUAAUAAUAAAUCAUUAAAAACGUCGCAUAUAAAAAAAAACACAAAAAGAAAUGAAAUAAAAUAUGAUAAAGACAUAAAUAAUUUAAACACAGAUUCUCAAUCACAUAAUAAUAUAUCAACCGAAAAUAAUAACUUAGAAUCUUUACUUGGAGAAUACCAUGAAGAAAUGAAAGAAAUAAAUAAAAGAAAUGAAAAACCGUUUUUCAAAAGAGCCUUAUAUUUAAUGGAUUGUUUUGAUAAUAUAUAUAUUGAUAAAUUAAUAGAUCAAAAUGUUCAUAAUAAAUCCUCACCUAUAGCACAACAUGUAACGGAAAAUUCUGUAUUCCUGUCUCAUGCUUGUAGUAUAUUUACAGCAAUACCAAUAAUUACAUAUAUUGUUAAACGCUUUGAUUAUUUAGAAAGAUAUUAA